AUGGCUGUUGGACUACUUAUUAUAUUUGCCAUAUCUCUAAUAGUAUUCUACAACAACUUUUACAAACGCCGCAAUCUACCUCCAGGACCAACGCCUCUACCUAUAGUAGGAAACCGACUAACGCUAUACUUGUCAAAACAUUGGCCAGACACGUUUUUAACAUGGAAACAACAAUAUGGCAAGAUGUUCACAUACUGGUCCGGAGAAACACCCUACAUUGCCAUAGCUGAAUAUAAGCUGGCUAAUGAAAUGUUUGUCAAAAAUGCUGACAUAUUUUUUGAUCGAAUUCAGUUUGGCAUGUUGGAUAAGAUCACAAAAGGUGGAUCUUAUGGAUUGUUGUUCACUGGUGGUGCGUUGGCUAGAGAACACAGGAGAUUUGGGAUUAAAAUCUUUAAAGAUUUUGGCAUGGGCAAAAGCGCGAUGCAAACUACUGUGAGUUUUAAGGAUUUUAUGUUACAAGACAAGAAAAAUAUAAAGUUGAAAAGGAGCAUCCCAUAAGUUUAAAAAAAAACUAACAAAAAUAAGAAAAAACAGUUUAAAAACCAAUAAAAUUACAGAUAAUAGCAGAGACACAAGUAAUGCUUGACAGUAUUAACAAAGAAAUCAACUUACAUGACGAGGUAGACAUCAAGCCUUUCACUGACAUUGCUGUAAGCUCCGUCAUCAAUGUGUUGAUGUUUGGGUAUCGAUUUACUGAAAAUGUAAGUACUUGAAAACAUUCCACAUACACUUACAAUGAUGGUUAAGUCCAUGGUUAGUAAUAGAAUUAUCGUUUUGAUUAUUUUCCAGUGAUAGCAUUCGUCGUUUUUAAUACUAGUUAGUGAUAUUGUUCGUCACUGAAUUUGUUAGUAAUAGCAUUCGUUGUCGAAUUGUCAACCGGCCAAAUAAUCACAAAAACCUAAAAAUAACAAAUUUCAAAAAAUCAAAAAAAAAGAAGUUCAAAAAUUUCAAUUUUAGAACAAUGAAGACAAGUUCCGAGUAUGGAAAAAGCAAUCCGAAGACGUCAACCGCCUCUUCUUCCACUCUGCCAUCCUCCUCUGGUCAACCGACGAAAACGCUUACAAAUAUCCGUUCUGUAAAGGACCUUGUGAAGAAUUCAUACAAGCUAUGAAAGCCUUAUCAGCUUCAAUCAUGCAUGAAAUCAAUGUUCAUAAACAAAGAAUUGAAGUUGAAGGCAAAACAGAGGCAGAUGACUACGUCGAUGCUUAUCUGUUGGAAAGACAACGAAGACUUCAGAAUAAUGAAGACGCUAGCAUUUACAGUGAAGAACAACUUGUAGCCAUCGCUUUAGACUUUUGGUUUGCUGGUCAAGUGACGAUGACUAAUACUGUUUGCUGGUGCAUCGCGUUUAUGCUACAUAAUCCAAAAGUUCAAGAAAAGAUGGUUGAAGAGUUGGACAGGGUAGUUGGAAGUGAUAGGAUUAUUACCAUGUCUGAUAGAAAUGAACUGCCUUAUAUGAAUGCUGUGAUCAAUGUAAGUUGAAAAAAACGUUUAAAACCCUACCUCGCCCUCUUUAUCCUAUCCUACUUUAAUCUAACUUACCCUACCCUAAGAAAAAAACAAAAAUUUUGAAAUUUCAAAAAUUUUUAAAUUUUACCUUUUCCGUUUUCAGGAAACCCAACGUCGAACAAACCUCGGUGGUGAGAAUGUAGCUCGAAAAGUUGGCCAAGAUUGUGAAUUUGGUGGUUACAGUUUUAAGAAAGGUCAACAUGUUGUGCCACAGAUUUCUGUGUUCCUAGAAGAUCCAGAAGUUUUCGAAAAUCCAAAAGAUUUCAAUCCUGAACGAUUUCUGGAAAACGGAAAACUAAAGUCAUACGACGAAAAUGUGCCAUUUGGAAUGGGAAAGCGAUCUUGCAUGGGCGAGAGCAUGGCCAAAAUGGAACUUUUCAUAUUUUUGGCCAACCUUUUCAACCAAUUUACUGUGAGUUUUAGUUUUUUAAGAACAAGCCUAAUUUAAGCCUAAAAAAUAAUAAGGCUAAUAAAAAUUUAAAUAUUUAAACACAAAAAAGUGAAUAUUUUUAAAAUAGCUCGUUAAUUUUUAGGCCAAAUUGAAAAAUAAUGUUUAUAUCAACAUUAUUUUCAGUUCAAAGCCGGAUCGGAAAUCCCAGAAUUAAUAAAAGCAGACAGCGGCGGUGGAUUAACGAUAGCACCAUACAAAUGCAUCGUCCAGAGGAGACGAGAAUUAUGA